AUGAUGAGUUCAAUACAAUUUAUCAUUGUCAUUGUUGUUGAUAUAUUUAUUUUGCAUGGUACACAUGCACUUUCAGUAUCAAAACAUCGUGAAGAUAUAUUUGAAUUUUUUAAUCAAAUUAAAGAUCAAGUAAAUGAAGGCAAACAAUGUUUACCUGGAUCAAUGUUUUAUCAAGGUUCAUGUUAUUCUUAUAUAAGUAAUCUUCGUGCAUCAUCAUGGGAUACAGCAGUUAAAACUUGUGCAGCAUUUAAUUCAAAACUUAUAAUUGGUAACUCAAAAUUAUUAAUUAUAGAAACAAUUGAUGAAUAUAAAUUUGUUGAACAAUUAAUAAGAAAACAUUUGGAUCCUCAUAAAACAAUAUUUGUAUUUAUUAAUUUACGAAAAUUAAAUGGUACAUUUCCUCCUGUCUAUGCUUGGGGAUCAAAUGGUGGAAUUUAUUUAUGGGAUACACCUGUCUAUAGAUAUUGGAAUGAAAAUGUUGGUGGUCCAUCAGAUAGUGAUUGUGGAAUUAUGAGAAUAAUGAAAAAUAAAACAGAUUUAUCCAAUUCAUUAUGUGAUGGACCAGUUAUAUCAUUGCCAUACAUAUGCAAAUAUACUAUCGAUCGAUGUUACAAUAAUAGUGCAUGUGGAAAAUAUGGUACAUGUUUGAAUGUACCAUUGUUAGAUUCACACAAAUGUCAAUGUCGAUUUUUAUAUUCAGGAAAUAAAUGUGAAAAAUGUUUACAGGCUCUUAUUGGUGCUGCUAUUAUUUUAAUUGCAUUUAUUACAUCUUAUAUAAUUAAUAUGGAUCGUUCCGGUACUGAUACAUGGUCAUUUCGAUGUGCUGAAUUAGAACAAUAUCAGACUGCAUCAUUGUAUACAUCAAAACCACUUAUGAAACAUCGUACAUAUCUUUUGAAUUCUACAGUUAAUCAUGUUAUUCGUAAUCCAAUAUUAAAUCAACAAUUUACCGAUAUAACAACAACGACAACAAUUGAUGAAUUAUCAUAUCCAUCUCCUGCAGUGGCUUUAAGACGUCAUGAUACACUUAUUCGUCCAUUUGAACGUAAACAACGUUAUUAUGCAUUUCGUCGUUCUAUUCAAAAACUUCAAAUUAAAUCUUGUUUCAAAGAUUUAUUUAUUAAACCAAAAAAAUUAAUAUUUGUUUUUUUACCAAUAGUAUUGGCAAUUGUUUGUUGUCUAUUGAUCAUUAUUUUACGUCGUUACAUUAAAUCUUAUUUGUAUUCAUCACAUUCAUCUCAUUCAACAUUAUUUAAAUUUUGUUCAUUAUAUGAAAAUAAUUAUUACAUUAAUCUUGUUACAUUACCCAUUGCAUUUGUUCUCAUUCUUCUAAUUACAUUUGAAAAAGGUCUGUUUCGUUUACAAUUACCCAUACCCUAUAAUCCAUUUAGUAAAAUUAAUCGUUUUGAUACUGUUGCAUUAUGUGGCAUUAUUUCACAUGAAAUAUUACAUAUAAUUGAAGAAUUAUUUAUAAAUACAACUCAAAUAAAAGUGAUAACAAUGCGUGGACCAUUAUUUGAUUUAAUUCGACAAAUUGGUCUUGUUAUUAUUAUCGGUAUGAGAUAUUAUCCAAUUUAUUCAAUUGUUGAAAUGAAUCAAGCAAACAUUAUUUAUUAUGGUUUAUGUUCUGUGUAUAUGUGGAUUGAUUUUACAUUAAAAAUAUCUGAACAAGCAUUAUGUUCAAAUAUUGGACCUUUUAUUAAAACAUGGAAUAAAUUUCAUCAAUUAAAACAUAAUUUAACACAAAAACAUCCAUGGAAUGAUAUGAAACAUAAAGUUAAAGAACAUUUUGUUCGAAAUUCAGAAAUUGAAGAUGAUGACUAUAUUACUUCGACCAUAAUUACAACUACAACAACAACUCAAUUUUCAACAACAUUUGAUCCGUCAUUAUCAUCUUUAAAUGAGUACAAUUGGUCUCAUGUAUUUCGAAAUCUCUCAUUUCCUAUAAAUCGUAAUCAUUCAACAUCAACAUUUGAUCAAUUUGGUUUAGAUUCAACUGUUAUUGGAACUUUAAAAUAUUUACCAUACUAUUUAUGUUUAACUUAUAUUUGUUUUCGUUUAACUUAUUUAUUUUUUCGUGAAUUAUCUAAAUGUUUACAAAAAUGUAUUCCAAGAUCAUCAUCAUCAUCAUCAUUAAAUCAAAAAUCAAAAAAACAUAUUUAUCAAGAGCCUAAUGUACCAUCAACAUUACAUCAAUUAACAAUUGAAUAUCGAUAUGUUCAACAUUUAUUUCGUAAAACUCGUCGAAAAUUACAAAAAAUUAAAAAAGUAUCAUUUAUUCAAAAUAUUCUCUAUCGUAUUUAUCGUCCAAAUAAAUAUUUUCAUUAUUCAAAACAAAUUUUGAAUAUGUAUAUUAUUGCCUUUAUGAUUACGUAUUAUUUAACAUUUAAUAUUUUACAAGGUGGAUUUUAUUUAAUUGAAAAAUGUUAUCGAUUAUUAAUUAUACCCAUUAUACUUACAUUUGAUGAACUUGAUUUACCAAAACCACGACCAUUUAAUUUAAAAUAUGAAAUUCUUAUUGCUUGUUUUUUAACAAUGAUGAUCUAUUAUGUGCAAUUAUGUGUUGGAAUGAAACAUUAUCAACAACAUAUGUUAAAUGCAUACAAAGGAAUAUUCAUUGAUAUUCCACCACGACAUGCCUUUAACAGUAUUCAAUUGAUAUCUAAAAAUGCCCAUUAUCCAGGUUAUACAAUAGCUUAUUUAGCAUUUGGAUAUUUAGUGAUGGGCAAUGUUCUCUUUUUAACUGUUAUUAUUAUAAGAAUAUUAUUUAAACAUUUAUUUCUUAUUGAAGAACUUAGCAAAAUUAUUAUACCGAUAUUAGUCAUUUAUUUAUGUAAAUAUAUUCUUAUGUGGGUUCUUAGUAGAACAUUAUUUUUACAACAUAAUGGUAAAAUGAUGGCAUUAAAAAAUUUACGUAUUUAUUAUGUAUUUGCUUAUUUUAACUUUUUUUUCGAUUGUUUUUUGGGUAUGGUAUCAUGUGCUCUUCGUGUUACAAAAGCAUCAAUAGCCGCUUUAAUUUAUUUACCACGUCUUGAUUAUUGUAUAUUUGGUAGAAGUUUAGAAAAAUUAGAUCAAGGUUUUAUUUCUUAUGCAUCUUUUAUUCAUAUGGAAUGUUUACAUACACAUCCUGUUCUCAUUAUUUAUUGUUCAUAUAUUCAAGAACGUUUACAAGAACGACGAAUUUUACUUAGUUAUUAUAAAAAAGAAGCAAAUGUUCGUGAAGAAUUAUAUGCAUAUACAAGACAACGUUUUGUAAGAUUUCGUUGGUGUCUAUUAUAUACAUUAAUAAGAAAUGAACAUUUAAAACAAUUUCGUAAACAUCAUGUAGACAAUUGGAAUAUGACAUCGGCUGAAAGUUUUAAUGAAUUUUUACAACGAACAGUAUUUAAACGAUUUCAAAAUACAUCAUUAAAAUCAUUAGGAAAUUUAAUGAUUAAAAAUCAAGUGACAACAACAACAACAAUGAAUGGAAAUAAUAGUGGUGGUGUAUGUACAGCACUAUUGUUAGAAAAUAAUGAUGAUCAAUUAAUGCCAAAACGACAAUUAUACAAAACAUUGUGA